UUGCCUUACAACUCUGCUCUGAUGAUGACCAGCCGUGGAGAUUUUCUUGCAAAUGAGAAGUCAUCUAUAUGUCCAUUCUGUAAUUGAAAUGGCUAUUACCCGACCUUAGUGAAUAGGAAUUUCAUCAACAAUGGCAGAAAAUCGAGAGGUGAUAUUGGCGAAUUUCCAGGCCUGUACCGGACUUGAUGAUGUUGGAGAAGCAAUUUUCCAUCUUGAAGAAGCACAAUGGGACCUUGUGGUUGCAGUAAACAGGGUAAUGCCUCAGGAUUCUCAAGAAGUUUUGCCAGACGCUGUACCUCUAGCAAACCACAUUCCUCCCAGUUUUAUAUCCGAGCCAAUGGAUGAAUCUUUACCACUGGUUCAUCCAAAUCAUGCCUAUGGACCACAGUAUGAUCCAGUUUAUGCACCGCCAUCUCCACCCCUACCAUUACUACCUCUUGAACCAGAGACAGUAGUAAUGCCUCCAUCAAGAAAUUUAGAUUUGAACAUGCCAGACCUUAUGCCUUCAACAUCAAGGGGUAGUAAUGCAAUGAUGUAUACUUUCAAAGUGCGCUAUGGAAAUUCCGAAGAAACUUAUGAAAUGCCUGAAUAUAGUACCAUUGCUCAACUCAAAAAUUUAAUUUAUCAGCGAACAAAUAUUACUCCUGCAUGUCAACUUCUGACAGGCUGGGAUAUUCAUGUUUCUGACCAUGUCCUUCUCAAAAACCUGGGCUUACCAAGGGAAAUAACAUUACUUCUUGCAUCUUUGGCUGUAGAAAAUGAUACAUCAGGUGUAAUGGAGGAUGCCCCGCCAGAUCCUAAAUUGAAGAAUUAUAUUUUAAACGUGACACAUGAGAAAAAGAAUCACAAGAAGACUUACAGAUUGUCCUUCCCUGGAUCUCACACAGUUUUACAAGUCAAGAAUGAUGUGUACACAUGUACUGAUAUCCCAGCAAGACACCAAAUGUGGAUUGGUUGGCCAAUAGGUACAACUGACCGGUCCAUGCUACAUGAGACGGGUGUGAAUUCUGAGCAUAGCCUUACCGUUACAAGCUCAACUGAGCUAACUGGACAUAACUCAGCUUCUAGUUCAAAGGCUUCAAGAUAUACCGUAGAUCAAACUAAUCAUGAUGACAGUGAUGCCUCAUCAGAAGAGUUUGAGGAUGCUUCUGCAUCUCUUGAAGGGGAUAUUGAUCAUGAAAUAUUUAUUGAUGACAUGCCUUCCAACAAGUUGCGCUCUUUAGUUCCUUCUGACGCAAGCGAUGAAAUGGCUGGAGCAAUAAACUUUGGUGAAGAAUUUACUAAUAGGUAUGGCAGUGGUUACCCUUCAUUCUAUCCAGGAUCUCUAGAAGAUGCAAUCAAAGAUUCAUGUCUUAAACCUGCUAAGGAUAGAAAGCUGCUGGCAAUGUACAUUCACAAUGAUAAAAGUGUUCUAGCCAAUGUAUUCUGUACCCAACUUCUUGGCGCAGAAUCUGUUCGUGGCUGCCUUUCAGACAGCUUUGUUGUCUGGGGCUGGGAUACAACUCAUCCAUCAAAUAAAAUAAUGUUUCUAAAUUCUGUGAAUCGUAGUCUAGGUAAUGUAGCAGGACAAACAAUAGGCUUGGUUCCAGAAGAUAAGUACCCUAUCCUAGUGAUCCUUAUGCGGAACAGAAAUAACACUGAAAUUUUUAGAAUUGUUCAUGGUAACAUUGGUGUUAGUGAACUUUUGACUUGUUUACUUGAGGCUAUAGAAGUAUUUGCUCAUCAGCAAUCUCUUGAUCUCAAAGAUGAAGAGGAAAGGUUUGCUAGGGAAUCCAUCAAGGUAGAACAAGACCGUGCUUACCAAGCUUCACUAGCAAUGGACAGGGCCAAAGAGGAAUCAAAGAAGCAGCAAGAAAUGCUGGAAGAACGCGAGAGAGAACGAAGUCAACGUGAGAGAGAGGAGCAAGAAAAUUUGAGAGAGACCCAACGUGUACAACUGGAGAGUGGACUUCCACCUGAACCCGAAGAGGGAUCAAAGGACAUAAUUAAGAUUCGUUACAAACUGCCAGAGGGAGGAAUAAUUGAAAGGCGUUUCUUAGCCAAAGAAAAACUUAAAUAUCUAUUGGACUUUUUGACUGUGAAGGGUUACCCCACUGAAAACUACAAAGUUAUAACCUAUCCUAGACGCGAUGUUACUUCACUUGAUCAACAAUUAUCUCUGGCUGAACUCAAGCUGUGUCCUCAAGAAACUAUGAUGGUUGAAGAACGAUAGUGUUUUAUCAAGAUCUGUAAAUAGAUAGUUGAGAUGUUCUAUUACACCACACAAUCUUUUUGUUCUUUUCUUACAGUGGAACAUUUUCAGCUAAUAAAAUUUUGUUUCUUGCAAAAUUGUUCUCAUGCAAA